GUAAGAGAGAACUUCCGGGUACAUAUCUGACAACGCAAAUCAUUGAGUCGAUUACAAUCAGAAGACAGCAUAACAGAACAGAACAGAACAGAAGCCUUCGGUCAAAUAUUUGAAAAAAUCCACGGAGAAUCAGACAUCCAAUGCGGACGGAAUGUGAGGCCACGAAGGUUUGAUCCUUAUUCUACAGUUUGCGGAAAAUCUGUCAAAUUCAGCUUGAAAGGUGUAUAAAAAGCUGGCUUGGAUGCUUGUGAUUGGCUCUGGAUAUUUCAGUGGAUUUGAUGGCAGUGAAGCCGCUGCAGAACAUAUGGGUUAGAAGGCAGCAGUGCCCUUGUGGAGAUUGGAAGUGUUACAUUAAAUAUGAUGGGGAUGAUCAAAGCGCAAAAGCAUCACAAUCUGUGAAGAGUGAAAUCCCAUCAUUGUCGCAAGAUACUGUUUUUACUCCAUAUAUUGGUCAGAUAUUCAAAAACGAUGAUGAUGCAUUCGAAUACUACAGCAGCUUUGCACGGAGGAAUGGGUUUUCCAUUAGGAAAGCACGGUCAACAGAAAGCCAAAGUUUGGGUGUUUACAGAAGGGAUUUUGUGUGCUACCGUUCUGGAUUUAAUCAGCCAAGGAAAAGGGCUAAUGUAGAGCACCCUAGGGAGAGGAAAUCAGUACGAUGUGGAUGUGAUGCAAAGUUGUACUUGACUAAAGAGAUUGCUGCUGAUGUGAUACAGUGGUAUGUUUCUCAGUUCAGUAAUGUUCACAACCAUGAAUUGUUGGAAGAUGAUCAAGUUCGGCUGCUUCCUGCCUAUAGGAAGAUAGAUGAGGCUGAUCAAGAGCGUAUACUUCUUCUUUCAAAGGCUGGUUUUCCUGUUAAUCGAAUUGUGAAGGUGCUUGAAUUGGAAAAAGGGGUCCAACCAGGGCAGUUACCCUUUCUAGAGAAAGAUGUUAGAAACUUUGUUAGAUCAUGUAAGAAAACUGUUCAAGACAAUGAUUCAAUGCUAGCUAUGAUGCGUGAGAAUGAUCUGCUAGAACUUCUUGAGGCGCGCAAGCUGGCAAGUGAAAAUGAUGAAGGUUUUGUCUAUACUUUCACAACAGAUGACAGUGGAAAAGUUGAAAACAUUGUGUGGACUUAUGGAUUCUCCAUUCAGGCAUUUUCACUCUUUGGGGAUGUCGUUAAUAUUGAUACCUCGUACCGUUCCAUCUCCUAUAAUAUGAUCCUUAGCAUGUGGUUUGGAAUUGACAAUCACGGGCAACCUGUUUUAUUUGGGUGUACUUUACUUCAAGAUGAGACAUCAAAGUCAUUUUCCUGGGCAUUACAGGCCAUUGUUAGGUUUAUGAGAGGAAGACGGCCGCAGAUUGUUGUCACUGAUAUGGAUUCAGGUCUAAGGGAUGCUCUUGUGAUUGAGAUGCCAAAAACUAAGCAAAUUAUAUGUAUGUGGCAUGUUCUUUCCAAAAUAAGCAGUUGGUUCUCCCUCCAACUUGGUAUUCAAUAUACAGACUUUAAAUCUAAAUUUGAUACGCUGUGUAACCUUGAAAAUGUGGGAGAUUUUGAGCAUCAGUGGAAUGAUCUUGUUACUCAGUUUGGAAUUGAUACAGAUAAGCACAUAUCUCUCCUUUUUUCUUACCAAGCAUCAUGGCCAUUUUGCUAUGUUCGUAACUUCUUCUUAGCCCGUGUUACAACAGUUGAGUUUUUCAAAUCAGUAGAGGCAUUCUCAAAUAAUAUUAUGAGCACGCAGUCCUCGUUGCAGUGCUUUUUCAAACAGGUUGGUGAUGCUGCACACUUUUUGAGUGGGAAAAUGGGAGAACUCUUGUAUUUGCCAACAAAAACUUGCCUACCCUUAGAGGAGGAUGCUCGGACUGUCCUCACACCCUUUGCAUUUCGUGCAUUGCAGAACGAAUUUGUAUUGUCCAUGCAGUAUGCUGUAACAGAAAGGUCUAGUGGCUUAUAUCUUGUGAGGCACUACAGGAAAAUGGAAAGAGAACAACAUGUAAUUUGGACUCCGGAUGAUGAGCAGAUCCAUUGCUCUUGCAAAGAAUUUGAGCAUUCUGGUAUAUUAUGCAGACAUGCCCUUCGUGUGCUUCUUGUUAAAAACUAUUUUCAAAUACCAGAAAAGUAUUUUCUGCUCAGAUGGCGACUGGCAAGUUCAUUAAUUCUGAUUGACAAUCAUAUUAUAGCAAAGAGCAUGAAUGAUUGUUCUCAAACCUUUCAUUCCCUUGCUGCAAAUUUAUUUUCAGAAUCAUUCAUCACCAGGGAACGCCUGGAUUUUGUUCACCGAGAACUUACAAGAGUCCUUGAUUGUGUUCAGAACAUGCCUGUUAUCGAUCAAAGACUGUCUCCAAACAAUGUCAUUAAGUCCUAGUCUCUGAUAUAGAAACUGCGAUUUUACUUGAUGACUGGCGGACAUCAGCUAUGGGCAGUGUGAGCAAAAUUUUGUUGCUCACGAAGUCCAAUGGAAGGAUAGUUUUUAGAUUACGGGAAACUUGAAGGAGGAAAGCGAAUAAUGGGAGCAAAGAAUCUUACAUAAGUAUGACUACAUUGUUGAUUUACUUGAGACUUGAGAGGAAACCAAUGGCUGAAUUGAGAUGAUUUAUACUGUGUGUGUGUCUUUCGCAUAAUUUAUGUUAUGAAAAAUGUUUUCUGGUUAAGAACUACCGAUAAUCCAAUCAUUUGGUUCUGCGACCUUUUGAUUUCAUUGACCUUAUAUAGCUAUUAUUAGUGCUUUGCAUGUUCUUACCUUGACUUUUCAUCUUCUCAAUAGCUUGUAUCUAUCCAAUUAAUUACAUGCUGUGUCAUAAAGUUGUAGGUCUAUAUAUUCUGAAUUGCUGAUUUUACUAGAGAGUGUUUUUAUAGUUGUAUGAUACAAUGUGAGAAAAUAUAUAUGAAACUUCCUUUGAAGCAGGUCAUAUUGCUUUGUGAUUUUGUUUAUUAUGAAUUGAUAGUGCUG